GAAGGUCUUCCAACAGGAAAAAGCGCCAACUUCUGCUGCUGCACCGUGCGAACCGUGCGGAUACUCCUAAAUGACUCUAGGGCGGGAUAUCCUGUGAAAUACAUCAAACUUAAACGUGUGAUGACUUCUUUAGCGGGGGGCGCUGUUGUUGUUGUUGUUGCUGCAUCUUAGCAGAAAAGAAAACCCACCCACCCACCUCCACCUUCCUUAGGGUACCUAAAUAAGAAGAUGCCAGGCCUGCAGGGUGAACAUGUUGUGGCGGCCCACGGCAGCCCCGUCAGGAAGAGUCGACUGUCUCUGAAGUGUCUGCAGAAGAAAGAAACUAAACGGGCUCUGGAUUUCUCUGAACCUCCAGCGGAAGAUCCCAAAACGGAGGAACCAGAGGAGGCUGAGGCCAGCACCUGUGAUCAGGUAGUCCCUGCUCCUCCCCCGUGUCCUAACUCACCCGGCCUCCUCCUGCCCUGCGACAAGAGAGAGAACCUGGUGCCCUUUGUUGGGCUCAACAACCUGGGCAACACCUGCUAUUUGAACAGCGUCUUACAGGUGCUGUAUUACUGCCCAGGUCUCAGGGAAGGCAUAAAGAAACUGUACGACCUGUCCAAAAGGAAAGAGAAACUAAAGCAAGAGUCUGAUAAAAGUGAAGAGCAGGCUGAAGUCGCUGCCGAAGAUUCACCAGCUCAGAUCGAGCUCCUCGGGAGCUUCAACAGUCUGAUAGCAUCAGUGGAGCAGCUGCAGUCCAGCUUCCUGCUCAACCCCGAGAGCUUCAACGAGGGAGAACUGGCCACGCCGCCUCGUAAAAUACUCCACACACUCAGGCAGUUGAACCCUAUGUACGAAGGCUAUCUUCAGCAUGACGCCCAGGAGGUGCUGCAGUGCAUGCUGGGAUACAUCCACGAGGCUUGUGACACCAUCCGAAAGGAGCAGAAGUUGGAGAGCGAGGUUGAAGAUGUGACCGAGGUGAAAGCGGACGGCCUCAGCUCCGAAUCCAAAACUGGCCAGGAGGAGGACGGCCAAGUCGGCGGCAAGAGGAAGAGCGACACCGAGGUGGGGAACGCCAAAAAGAAACCGAAAUCAGUCAAGUCAAAGAAGUGUGACGCGGAGGGAGCUGGCGUGAGUAGAGACGCGCCGCUCAGACGCUCCAAAAGGAAGUCCUCCAGUGACAUCACGCCCGACAGCAACCAAGACAAGAAGAAGGAGGAGGAGGAGGAGACGAAGGAUGAAGGGGUAACGAAACCUAACGGGGAGGAGGAGGAGGAGGCCGGAGGGAGUGACGGCGAGGGGAAAGGGGGAAAGAACUCUAAAGAGACGGAGGGCAAAAGAAAGAAGAAGGCUAAGCUCAGCUGGCUGAGGCCGUCCGGGAAACAGCCGAGCAUUUUCUCCAAGUUCCGCAGCGUGGGGAAGAUCAGCUCCAUGAGCGCCAAGUGUCAAAUCAAAGCAGAGCAGGAGGACGAGACCGCCGACGACCGGGGUCAGAACGAGAAGAGCAGUGAGGAGAGAUCGACAGGAAACACGGCUGACGACAAGAAGACAGUAAAACAUGGAGAUGGUCUGGACCUGAUGGAGCGCUUGUUCCAGGGUCAGCUGGUCCUGAGGACUCGCUGUCUGGAGUGCGAGAGCUUCACGGAGAGGAGAGAAGACUUCCAGGACAUCAGCGUCCCCGUGCUCGACGACCAGCCGAGCAGUCCAGAAGACCUCUCGAAAGUCUCUCCUGAUCCCAAACCAGAGCUGAAGACUCUGAAGUGGGCCAUCGGCCAGUUUGCCUCUGUGGAGCGCAUCGUGGGAGAGGACAAAUACUUCUGUGAGACGUGUCAUCAUUACACGGAGGCCGAGAGAAGUCUGCUGUUUGAUAAAACUCCUGAAGUCAUCACCAUUCACCUGAAACGAUUCUCCGCCAGCAGCUUAGAAUUGGACCCGUAUGCAGGUCUAUGUAAAGUGAACACCCCCCUGCAGACCCCCCUGACACUGUCCCUGGAGGAGUGGUGCACGCGUCCAUCAUCCAAGAAGGGUCAGCGCUAUCAGCUGUUUGCUGUUGUCAUGCACAGCGGCGUCACCAUCAGCAGCGGCCACUACACCGCCUACGUGCGCAUGAGUGACCUGAAAGACGUGAAGCUGUGGCUGCAGGACGGAAAAGAAACGGAGGAGAGAGAGGAGGAGCAGCAGAAGGAGAACAAAGAGGGAACACGGGCGAAGGAGGAAGUGCUGGACUACGACGAUGGAGAGGUGUCGUUCAGCCUGAACGGAAGGGGACAGAGGGGCGCCAGUUUGGCUAAGGGCAAAACGGGAGGCAAAAAGGUCUCAGAGGGCGGGGUCGGACUCUUGGGGGGUCAGAGGAGCGUGUCCAGUUACGAUCUUGGGAACAGCAGCAGCAAACACACAGAGAAAGCAGGCAGUAGUGGGGCAACAGAGGGAUCCAAACGGAGGAAGAACAUCAACAGCACUGAAGCGGGACUUAAAAAAGAGUCAGAGGCUGCCGGAGGACGAGAGGAAGCAACGACAACCUCCGGCGGUGGAGCGGAGGCCAGCCAGCAGCAGGCUGUGAACAACCUCCUGGAGUACGAGGGCAAGUGGAUGCUGUUUGAUGACUCUGAGGUGCGUUUGUUCGAGGAGGAGGAGUUCCUGCAAGCGUGCUCUCCUGAGACGUGCUCCUCGUCGACGCCGUACCUGCUGUUCUACAGGAGGAUGCCUGAACCUGUGAACACAUGAGCCACUGCUGACUCAAGGGGGGGUUCUGCCAGUAGCCAGUUUGGCACCCACACACAGACCAAUGUAUUAUGCAAAACUACUAAUGGUGCCAAAAAGACUGCUGCUGCCAUGUUAGCACCUGUUGAUACCUUCUUAUGAACUGAGCUCCUACUUCAGGAUUCACCUCAAGAGAUGUCCUCGAGCCAGUGUAGGCUCUUUUUUUCUGUUAGCAUCGACAUUCCUUGGACGCUGGUUUUGAAUCUUUUUUCUGUCACUGUCUCUUUAACAUAUCUUGUUUUUCAUGUUUGCUUAGUGAACUCAGUUUGUAUGGAUCCAUUUUUUUUUUUACUAACUGAAAAAAGCACUUUUGGACUUAAAAUUUAUGAAAACGCAAAUGUUGGACAAUGUAUUAUUUUUUUUUUUUCUUUUAGCCGAAGUCUUUUUCUAUAAUCAUUAAAUUCAAAUUUACAUAAAAAGCCAAAGUCAACUGGGAUCCAAAAAUCUUUCCAUUUUGCAAAACAUUGAAGAAUAUGCUUUUGUGAGAAUUAAGUUCAUUUUUUCCCCCACUACCCACUACAAGCUUCUGCUGACACGCAAACAUUAAGUCCACAUUUUAUGCAGGUAAAAACCUCGUGCCGGACACACACUGGCAUGUUUUUGCAUGAAACACACUGAGGAAGCAGAGCGGGAUUUUGUGGCACAACUUCACAGACUAUCAAGGUGUACAAAGAGUAAAAGGCUUGAAGAGGUCAAAACG